ACAGAUCACAGAUCACCACAACUACAGUUGAUAGAAAAUAAUCCUACAGCUGCAGAAUCCAUGAUUGAACACAAAGUGGCACACAAUAUGAAGUACUACACAGUUGAGACUGGCAAUAGUUUGGCUUCUCAUAUUCAGUUUAUGAGACGACUCAACAGCACCACAAAAUGUUUUACGGAAGUCGAGUCUCCAGUGGAGAGUGAUGUCAUCAUGGCUUUCUGUCCCAUCGUCUCCCGCUCCGGGACUGAUAUUGAAGCAGCACUGCAACAGAUUCCAAAGGGUAAAGAUGUCAUUCUGGUAGUACUGCAUCACACCUUCAACCCAGACUACACUGUACCUUACAGCAGCAGACUAGUGACCAGAAGUGAUGUAAUACUCACAGUGGACUGUCUGUUCCAUGAGAGCCAGGGACUACUGGACUGUCCUCGCAAUGAUGCAGCAGUCAGAAAUAUUAGGCAGAAGUUUGACACAGUGGACUGUCUGUUCCAUGAGAGCCAGGGACUACUGGACUGUCCUCGCAAUGAUGCAGCAGUCAGAAAUAUUAGGCAGAAGUUUGACAUAGAUCCUAUGGCCAGAAAUUGUGACUGUCGAACUUGGAUUCUAAACGCUGCCAUGGGGUUACUGUCUUUAUGCCGCAACUGCCCUUGUAUGGUGUUUUCUUACAUGAUGGGGCUCAUCUCAGGCAAAAAUCCAUGUCCCUUUGCAAGACCUCAUUCCAGAAAUGAAGACUAUUUACAUUUGGCCCAACUAUGAACAUGUGAUAAUAUAUAGUGUGACUCCUGUAAACGUGAUGAUCAAUUCCCUUAGAGAACAAAUGUUAUGGAUUACAUCUUUAAUUGCAUGUCAUUUAGGCCUACUUGAGAAAGUACAGAUAAUUUACAGUGGUAAUGAAUGGAAUUAGGCCUGGCUGUAUCAAUGUAACAAUAAUAUGGAAAUAAAAAAGAGAUUUGUGGAAGGGCACGAGUCUCAACAUCACUGGUUAUACCCUA